CGGCUUCAAACCUCUGCAUCCUCGCGGGUUACAUAAGAGGGACGAGUCACCUCAUUGGCUCUUUCGACUGAAACCAUCACACGAGGGAGGAUAAUCGUUUGUGCGCUGUCGGACCAGUCGGACGAGCAGAGUCAGAGCACCCGGUACAUUUUAGACGAAAAGGACUGGAUUUUCCUUAUCACACAGGCCAGCACCGGUCAGCGAGACACACCAAGACUAUCUUCAUUCAAACGAAGUGACAAACAGACAUCUUUGUACCAAAAGACUCCGCCAACAUGUCAGUGAACGUUCAUAUCAACAGCCCUAAUGUGAACUACACAGAUACACAUAUUGUGUCUCAGUAUUCCUACCAGACCACAUCAGUGCACAGAGAUGAGAACAAAGUCACAGUGACCCCCCGCACCACUGAGAUGACAUUUCGCACCGAGAGGCAUGUGCCCCAACUGGGUGUAAUGCUGGUUGGCUGGGGAGGCAACAACGGCACCACUGUCACAGCAGCUGUACUGGCGAACAAGCUCGGCAUCACCUGGAAAACCAAGACUGGAGUGAAGAAAGCAAACUACUUCGGCUCCUUCCUUCAGGCGUCUACUGUUUGUCUAGGAUCAGGGCCUGAAGGGGAGGUCAAUGUGCCCUUCCGUGACCUCCUACCCAUGGUGCACCCUAAUGAUAUCAUCUUUGACGGCUGGGAUAUCUCCUCAAUGGAUCUUGGCAGUGCGAUGGAGAGAGCCCAGGUGCUCGACUGGCAGUUACAAGAGCAGCUUCAACCACACAUGAGCCGCAUGAAACCUAGACCGUCCAUCUACAAACCAGAAUUCAUUGCUGCUAACCAGGAGAGUCGAGCUGACAACGUCCUCACGGGGACAAUGGAAGAGCAGGUGGAGCAGAUCAGAGCUGACAUAAGGGACUUCCAUCAGUCGAGUGGCGUGGACAAAGUCAUUGUUCUGUGGACGGCCAAUACUGAGCGCUUCUGUGAUAUCAUACCGGGGGUCAACGACACUGCAAAGAACCUGCUAGCUGCAAUCAAGGCUGGCGCAGAGGUUUCUCCCUCCACUUUGUUUGCAGUGGCCAGUAUACUGGAAGGUUGCGCCUAUAUCAACGGCUCUCCUCAGAACACCUUCGUCCCAGGGGCCAUUGAGCUGGCUGUGGAGAAGGGGGUAUUCAUCGGAGGAGACGACUUCAAAUCUGGUCAGACUAAGAUCAAGUCAGUGCUGGUGGACUUUCUGGUCAGCGCGGGUAUCAAGCCGACUUCCAUUGUCAGCUACAAUCACCUUGGAAACAACGAUGGGAUGAACCUGUCGGCUCCGCAGCAGUUCCGCUCCAAAGAGAUCUCAAAGAGCAACGUAGUGGAUGACAUGGUGCAGUCCAACCCCAUCCUGUACCAACCUGGAGAAAAACCUGACCACUGUGUGGUGAUUAAAUACGUCCCCUAUGUGGGUGACAGCAAGCGUGCCAUGGAUGAAUACACCUCUGAAAUAAUGAUGGGGGGGACCAAUACUAUUGCACUUCACAACACCUGUGAGGACUCUCUACUAGCCAGCCCAAUCAUCCUGGACCUGGUGAUCCUGACAGAGCUUUGUCAGCGUGUGACUGUCCGGCCUCAGGGGGAGGAGGACUUCCAGUCCUUCCACAGCGUCUUAGCUCUGCUCUCCUUCCUCUGCAAGGCCCCACUGGUCCCAUCAGGGACCCCGGUCAUCAAUGCCUUCUUCCGCCAGAGAGCCUCCAUAGAAAACAUCAUGAGAGCGUGCCUCGGCCUUCCUCCACAGAACCAUAUGCUACUGGAACACAAACUGCAGAGAGACUUCCACACAAGUACUCCACACAGUACGUACAUCAACGGCAACGUACCUUCUUUGAAAAAAGUCGCCCUCACCAACGGGAACCAUAUAUCUCUAACAAAUGGUAUUUGUGCACAUGUCGGUGAUGCGCAUGUGCAUUAUGACUGAAAAUACACUACAGCCCAAAAUAGAACUGAGAAGUCAUACAUUUGUAAACUUGAAACCUUAUAGCCGUGUUAAAAAAAACUAAAGGUCCUCAUUGAUCAAGCUGUCUUUGCAAAAAAACCCAAUAUAAAACAUAGAUUCCAGUGGUUUGAAAACUUUGCAGUCAACAUAUCAUUUGCAGCGAGUGUCAAUCUGUUACAAAAAGGCAUCGUACAGAAAAAUAUGCAUGUUAUAAUUACAAUAAUAAACGGAGCAAGAGAUUUACUACAGUUACCGGCCUAUGUGAAGCCCAUAGACAAUCAGUCUCCAAAUGCCAUGACUUUGUCUUAGGCAGGCUAUUGAUUUAAAAUGUAUUUCACAGUUUUUGUUUUUGCAAAAUUAACUAUGUAUGAAAUAUUUUAAAAGGUAAUGCAGUUAUUCCCCUUUGUGGUGCUUGUAUCUUUGUAUCUUCAGUUACUUUUCUAUGUGCAAUGCAAAUGUACAGUAAGAAUGUACAGUAUAGUUCUUUUGAUGGGUCCAUAUGUUUUUUAAGCAAAUGUGAUCUUGAUCUUGCAGCUGUGAAAAUGUAACCGGGAAACUACUUUAUUUCUGUGAAUAUACAAUACUCUAGCUUGAUAAGUGAGGGGCAUCUUCUUCAGUCACUGUUACCGUUACUAUUUUGUGUUGUCACUGCCUUUUUAUAGCCAUGCAAUGAUGUGUUUGUGUGAAGCUAAAUGACAGAAAAAUAGGGAUGUUCUAGGUUUGACUAUUUUGUUAUAGAGUAUUAUGGGCUAUUUAUAUAGUAUAAUAAAACUUAACUAUUGUUGUUUGACCUUAA